AUGGUUUCUGUCUUGUUCUCCUUGAGCCUUUUCCGUCUGGGCCUGUGGGCUGCUGGAUUGAUCUGGAUCUUAGGCUUCUUCAAGCUCAUCCGUCUGCUGUUGAGGAGGCAGAUGCUGGCCAGGGCUAUGGACAGUUUCCCAGGUCCCCCUACCCACUGGCUCUUCGGGCACGCUCAUGAGAUCCAGCGGACAGGGAGCCUGGACAGGGUGGUGUCCUGGGCCCACCAGUUCCCUUAUGCCCACCCACUCUGGCUUGGACCGUUCCUUGGCUUCCUGAACAUCUAUGAGCCCGACUACGCCAAAGCUGUGUACAGCCGAGGGGAUCCUAAGGCUGCGGAUAUGUAUGACUUCUUCCUCCAGUGGAUUGGGAAAGGCCUGUUGGUGCUCCAAGGGCCCAAGUGGUAUCAGCACCGCAAGCUGCUCACACCUGGCUUCCACUACGAUGUGCUGAAACCCUACGUGGCUGUGUUCGCCAACUCCACGCACACUAUGCUGGACAAGUGGGAGGAAAAGGCUCGUGAGGAUAAGAGCUUUGACAUCUUCUGUGAUGUGGGCCACAUGGCACUGGACUCACUCAUGAAGUGCACCUUUGGCAAAGGAGACGGCGGUCUGGGCCACAGGGGCUGUAGCUACUACUCGGCCAUCAGCGAAUUCACUCUGCUGAUGCAGCAGCGCACUGAGUCCUUCCAGUACCAUAACGACUUCAUCUACUGGCUCACCCCACAUGGCCGCCGCUUCUUGCGGGCCUGCCAGGCAGCCCACGACCACACAGACCAGAUCAUCAGGGAACGAAAGGCAGCCCUGCAGGAUGAGAAAGAGCAGCAGAAGAUCCAGAGCCAGAGGCACCUGAACUUCCUGGACAUUCUUCUGGGGGCUCAGGAUGAAAAUGGGAUCAAGUUGUCAGACGCAGAUCUCCGGGCUGAGGUGGACACAUUCAUGUUUGAAGGCCAUGACACCACCACCAGUGGCAUCUGCUGGUUUCUCUACUGCAUGGCCCUGCACCCUGAGCACCAGCAUUGUUGUCGGGAGGAGGUCUGUGAGAUCCUUGGGGACCGGGAUUCCUUCCAGUGGUAUGAUCUGGGGAAGAUGACCUACUUGACCAUGUGCAUCAAGGAGAGCUUCCGCCUCUACCUACCCGUGCCCCAGGUGUACCGCCAGCUCAGCAAGCCUGUCAACUUUGUGGAUGGCCGCUCCCUACCAGCAGGCAGCCUGAUCUCUCUGCACAUCUAUGCCCUCCAUAGGAACAGCGCAGUGUGGCCUGACCCUGAGGUCUUUGACCCUCUACGCUUUUCCCCUGAGAAUGUGGCCACACGCCACCCCUUCGCCUUCAUGCCCUUCUCUGCUGGGCCCAGGAACUGCAUUGGGCAGCAGUUUGCCAUGAAUGAGAUGAAGGUGGUCACGGCCCUCUGCUUGCUCCGCUUUGAGUUCGCCCUGGACCCCUUGCGGCCCCCCAUCAAGAUGCCCCAGCUGAUCCUGCGCUCCAAGAAUGGCAUCCACCUCCGCCUGAAAUCGCUGCGCCCAGGCUCUGGGAAGUAG